AGACUUAUGUCAACUAAGUCUGCCAUCUUCAACUUUCAGAGCCUACUGACUGUAAUCUUGCUGCUAAUAUGUACCUGUGCCUAUAUCAGAUCCUUGGCUCCCAGCUUACUGGACAAAAAUAAAACCGGACUAUUGGGCAUAUUCUGGAAAUGCGCCAGGAUUGGUGAGCGGAAGAGUCCAUAUGUAGCUGUAUGCUGUGUAGUGAUGGCCUUCAGCAUUCUGUUUGUGCAGUAGCAUUGGGGAACGUCCCUUACAACUUACUGCCAAACAUCAAAGAAUGGAAGGAACUUUGGCAGAAAAGAUAGAGCGUCAUCAACUAUUCUCUCACAUGUUGAAUGGCCUGUCUCUUAGCAGACACUCCCACUCCUGCAAACGGACCAUAGUGUACAGUAUUAGUGAUCAUAAUUAACUCCAGUAUGAUGUGUACUUAUUAAUGUCAAGUCAAUACUGAUACUGCUGAUGUAACUAUUCGAAACUUGUCUGUUGCAUAUCUGAGUUCCAGGGGAGUAUUUUUUACAACAUGCAGUUGAAAAAGCAUUUAAUUUUUUGUUUGAUAGACCUAUUUUCUGAAACUUAAAAAUGGCAACUCUGUAUAGCAAUAAGACCACUCUUAUAAGGAAAAAAAAAAUUGAUUGUAGGAUAUGUUUACAAAAGUAUUUUGAGUUCAUUACUGUCUAAACAAUUCCUGUCAUCUUGUGACAGGUAAAUAUGCAUACUAAAAAUAUCACUUCUGGCUUAAGUUACAUUCAGCUUCUGUCUUUUAAGUUUGUAACUGCUCAAAUUAUAAAUAUUUUGAUUAUUAAGAUUAAAAUAUAAAUAAAGGUAGGGACCAUAAUUGUAGUGAUGUCUGACUACGUGCUAAGAAACGCACAAAUUUGGGAUGUGAGAACCUGGAUCUGGAUUUGUAGAAAUCACAUGUAUUCAUUUUUAGAGAUCUGUGUUUCAGGUAGUGUUCUCCAAUUUAUUUCAAUAUUGCGACACAAAGUUUCUAACAAACAGCUCUGCUGCUGCUGCUUUUGAUAUAUGUAAUACCAUUUCUUGAUCUGCAGACUUCUAAGAAGUUAUCUUGUCCACUUAGCUGAUUUAGCAAUGUCCUAAGUCCCAGUGUUCUAAAGGUUAAAGAAAAUGGCUGCAUUAGAUUACAUUUACUGUUAAUAAAGAUUAGGUUUCCUUUAAGACGUUAAUUUAGCGUUUACUCUAUAUUUUUGAAAACUUUUCAUAAUUUACUAACUUAUUUUAGUAGUAUCUAAUAGGAUUGUUUACACCAGACUAUUGUAGAACUUCAUAUUGACUGCAUUUGAGAGAGUUGUCUGUCAACAGUAUUUUGUUAUUUUGAAAAGGUGUGCACUCGGAGUUAGCUAAGCUGGCAAUAAAACACACUAAGAUACGUAAAAGUUGUCAUGCUUGUUUGAAAAAAAUGUUUCAUAGACCUGAAUUAGCCUGCACUUGGAAAGAAAGUGAUUAUUAGUUAUUACCUUUGUAUUACACCAUGUAUACCUGCAUAUCUAAAUCACCACUAAGAGUUUCCUCUUAUCCAAAACUGCUUGCUAAUCCAGAGCGAGUUAAAACAGAUUUCACCAAUUUAGGCCAAAUACCUUAUCUCUCUUACUAACUGUGAAGAAAAUGUUAAAAGCUUAAAGUCAUUUUGCAGAGAAGCUCUAGAGCCUUUCCUCAAACCCAUCAACAUUUGACCAAGGUAUAAAUGUUGUGAGAAGGAAGGGGAGAGCAUAAUGUUGCACACACACACACACACACACACACAUACACUUGAUAGCAAGCAAGGAUGACAGCAAGUCAUCCUUAAAUUCUGAGACUAAACUGUGUCAUUUUCAAACAGCAAUACAGCACAGGCUCUAACAGAUUUAUAUCAGAAGAGAUAUCAUGGAAAACUCUCUUUUUUUGCACUCACCUUCAGGCCUAGACUGAGUGGAGAAGGAAGUGAACGCUUAUUAUCAAAUAACGUAGGUGCUGAAGUAGACUAGAAUGGCAGAUAGACAAAUUGUAGGAUUUGACUUAAGUUGACACAGCAAAUAACGGCUGUUACAAGUGGAUGAGAAGACAGUAAGAGAAAAUUUUGGCUGAGGUGCAGGAACAGAUGACCACAGCAAGUCUGUGGACACCAUGUCCUAUAUAGAGGUGCUGGAAGAUGGGUCUUCCUUGAACCUGUGAAUGGAGCAGUGUUUGCAUAUGACUAUACUGCAGCAGAGCUUACUAGUAUAAAAAAAUACUUCCACUCUGGGAACUUUCCUCUUACCUAGUCAGCUGACAAAACAUGAAUGGUGGCUCUAUCAGUGUUGGCAAGCUUCCUUAUCUGUACUUGCUGCACAUGCUGCACAAAGGGUGAGGGUGAUGUAGGCUGUGGUCGUAAGUGCAGCUCAGGGUGUAGGGUUGAAAAAGGAAGAGAGGAAUUACAUCAAGAACAUUGGGUCUCAUCCUUUUUUUUUUCUACUAAUGAGCAAAGGAGACACUCCACAUGUAGUUGGCCAAGAUGGAGUAUUCUGUUCAAGAAAGGGCCAGUAAAGAAAGCAAAGGCAGGAAAAAGAGAGGAACAUGGCUGUAGCAGGAGAUCUCUACGGAGGCCUGAAAAAUAGGUAGGUCCCAAACCAGUCAUUUUGCUUGACUCAGGUCUGUUUCAGAAACUGUUUGUGCUAAACUGUAUAUUCCGUUGAAUAAAAAGUGCAAGAUGCUGCAAUAAAAUCCUGUAUUUUCUUUCAGUGAGUAGUUAAGGAUAUGAAACAAAGUCUAAGAUUUUGCUGGCAACUGUAGCCUUUUCAAUCCCUGCAAUUAAUGCUAACAAGCAGAAUGCAGGAACAUAAAAGGGCAUUUUCCAUUAAGAGAGCAUGAAUUGGAUCAAGAUGAUGGAACCUGACGUGCUCUGCCUUCUAAGUACUACGUGUUACAUGAGCAGAAGGAAAAGGCACGGACCCUAGAUCUUGUGCUUGGCGCAAGACUGAGGAUCUCACUAUGCGGCAUUUUACCUUUGUGAUUGCCACUUACAUAGAAAUACCUAAGCGGUCUUGGAGAUUAAUAGAAUUAUUAAUCUAGGCAAGAGUAGGAGUCCAUCUACAAACCAUUCCGUUCCCAGGCAGCUAGCCUGAACUGAGUUGUGCACUGCCACAGCUAUGUUGCCAUUGCUUCAGUCAGGUCACAUAAAACUAAAUUUUGCCACAAUUACAAAUUUGCAAUCUUUGAACAAAAUGUGACAGUGUACUUGCUGUGUGUGAAUCCAAAUUUACUGCUUACUGAUGAGUUAAUUACAAAUUCAUACGAUAAAACCUGAAACAUGAUGUCUUGUUCUUUGGCUAGAGAGACUAUUUUGUGCCCAUUAUGGAUUUGUGCUAUAUUAACUUUCAUCCACAUCUGCACUCUAAAUGACCUCAAAUUCAAAGCAGGGAUUUAGGAAGACUAAAUUGAAAAACAGCAAUAGUCAUGCUGGGAAAUAAGUAUGAGUAAGUGAGUGAUGGGAUCACUGUAAGGGUCUGAUGUUCUGGAGAGACUGAUAAGCAAAAGGGCAGACUAGGUAGGAGGAAACACAAAGUUGAGUCCAAGGAUGACUCGAAGAUUUCAUGGCCUUGGAACAAUGUUAUUGUUUUAUGAAUGCCCUGUCUACCUCGUUAACCACAAGUAGUGAGCAAUGGAAUUAUGCUGUAGCCAGGAGAUGAAAUUAGUGUGGUAGAGGAAACUAUUACUCUCUUAGUGUUCUCAGGCAUUUAUUCUUUCAGUUUGCUCACAGUCUGAAACAAUUCAUGUUGCCCGUGAAGACAACGUAUUAUUCAUGAAUAAAACAACCUGCAGUCACUCUAAAGCCACUAGAAGCA